CUCCAAAUCGUAGAUGAAGUUACGAGGAGUGAUAAAAACCUUCCCUUGAUUGAAAAGUUAAUGCAGACUACCUUUGCCCUGCGGCGCAAUGAGAUCAUCAAUGAUGAGCUACCUGUUGGAGAGAUCCUGGAACGCUGGCCUGCCUUGAAAAUGGAGUCACAGAUUUGUGCAGAGUUUCACAGGAUAACAAACCUCAACCUGAAGAACCACUUCUAUGCGGAGUUGGAUAGACAUGCCCCCCGUCUUCAGAGCCUGUUCAGGAAGAAGGCGGCAAGCAAAGGGAAGGUAGCUGAAGUUCUGAUUCAGCUAUUCGUCUCCUAUGACCUCCAGGAGCAAGGUGACGUCUAUGUCCGACGUGCUGCUGUCCUCCGUGCUCUGCCUGCAUAUCUGCAUGAAGAUGACUCCACGUUUCUGAGGCUGUGGCAUGUGGAGCAGUCUGAUGAUGCAGACAUAGAGGACAUCGCGGUCGGACUUCUCAUGAUCAGUGCCAGGUCAACAGAUACCACGCUCUUCUGCCCAGAGAGGAUCGCUGUUGUCAUUGAGGGUAACAGAGUUAUCGAACUCCCUACACUGGCUGACACAUUCAUCCUGCUUUUUGCACUGACCUUUGCCCUGCAUCUGAGCUAUCCAAAAGACUUGGCCAACACUUUUGACUUCACCCAGAAAGUGUUGAUGGGCCUUGAUGAGGGGAACUUGAAGAAUUUGAAGCCCAGGGUGUUGAGCCUGAAAAAUGACCUUUUGGCAGUGUAAUACUACCAACGUGCAAAGUUGCACUUUAACAAUCACACACACACACACACACUAAAAUAAACAACUUCUUUACCGAAGACUUGUAUUUACGGAAGACAGGCAAGCUAUCUUCCGGCUGUGAUUGGUUGUUCGUAGU